UAGCAAAUUAAAACAGUAAUAAUGGAGGAUGGAGGGGAGUCAUGCAAGAGUGCACCAGCAAUUGAUGAAGCUACGACGUAUUGUGUGACGGGUGCAACUGGCUAUGUUGGAUCAUGGCUCGUUAAGGCUUUACUUCUAAAGGGUUGCAAAGUUCAUGCCACUGUCCGAAAUAUCGAAAAGGCUUCGUAUCUAAUACCGAAAUGGAAAAAUGAAGAACGACUGAAAAUCUUCAAGGCUGACUUACACGAUGAAGGGAGUUUUGAUGAAGCUUUGCAGAACUGCGAUGGGGUGUUCCAUGUAGCAGCUUCUAUGGAAUUCAACAUUAAUAAAGAUCAAGCAAAUGUUGAAAGUUAUGUACAAUCAAACAUAAUCGACCCUGCAAUCAAAGGAACCUUAAACCUCUUGAAAUCAUGCAAAAGAUCAAAAUCGGUGAAAAGGGUGAUCUUAACAUCUUCAAUUAGCACCAUAACAGCUAAAGACAGCAACGGAAAUUGGAAGCCGGUGGUUGAUGAAUCUUGCCAAGUUUCUGUUGAUCAUGUUUGGAAUACAAGAGCUAGUGGUUGGGUGUAUGUAUUAUCCAAACUUUUAACUGAGGAAGCGGCAUUCAAGUUUGCUAAUGAGAACAGUCUUGACCUUGUGUCAGUCAUCACUACCACCGUAGCCGGCCCCUUCCUUACUUCGACACUUCCAUCCAGCGUUCGAGUCCUCUUGUCACCCAUAACAAAUGAUCCAGAACUAUUCCCGAUUCUAAAAGCUGUGAAUGCACGAAUGGGGUCAAUUGGUUUAGUUCACAUUGAAGACAUUUGCAAUGCACACAUAUUUCUUAUGGAACAUCCAAAUUCUAAAGGACGUUACUUGUGUUGUACUCAAAACUGUCACUUGUCUCGAUUGGUGGAACUUCUUGCUCAAUCAUGUCCAUGUCCAUGUCCAUCAACAACUAUAAACUGGUCGGACGAUGGAGGUAGAGUAAUCCCGUCGAUAAUUUCUUCAAAGAAGUUGAAGGAUUUGGGGUUUGAAUAUAAACAUGGUGUAGAAACUGUAAUCAACCAAUCUAUCAAGUUUUGUAAGGAAUGUGGCUAUCUACCUUAAAAUUGAUUUGUCAUUGGUUAUAUAAUCUUGGAAUUUAGUCAAGAUCUAAGAGUACGAUCGAGCACUCAGUUUUUUGGAAAUUGAUUGUAAGUUUAUCAAGAUAAUGGUUAUGUAACGUAUUCUGAAUCUUUUAUCACAAAUUCUUAUUUACAUGGGGUGUACGAUAAAUAUUGUACACCGAAGUUAAAGUUGACGUAAAAUGCUUAAAAGUCAUCCUUAUAUAUGUAAAAGUUAUCUACUUUUUAGUAGUAAAAAUUUUCAUUUUAAUAAAA